AUGGAAGAAGAGAAGCUCACCAAAAAACAGAGAAAAGCUCUUGAGUUCAGAAAGAAGAUUGAGAAGAAGGAGAAGAAGCCGGAGGAGCCAAAACCAACGGAUACAGAAACCCAAAAAAAGAGAAAACUUGGAGAUGAGGUAAGUGCCGCCAGUGAUGAAGAUGCACCUAAAAAGAAAAGAAAGACCAGAAGAGGUAAGAAGGGUAAAGGGGUCAACGGUGGUAAAGGCCCUCGUUUCCUUUUGUUUGUGGGGAACCUUCCGUACGAUGUUUCUGAAACCGAAUUGGCUAAACAUUUCAAAAAUUCCAAGCCUGACAGAAUGAGAAUAAGGAAAGACAAGGGAAUAGCGUUCUUGGAGUUCGACAACGAUACUAGGGAAAUCCAAAGUAAGAUGGAAUCAGCUUUGAGAAUGCAUCAUUCUAUGGUAAGAACUCGGAAGAUCAACGUGGAGUUGACUGUUGGAGGUGGUGGUAACUCUGAGACCCGAGUACAGAAGAUCAAGGGCAAGAACGAUAAGCUUUUGGAAGAAAGAAGGGACCGGGUCAAGACGAAGGGAAGUGCGGCGGUAGAUGGUGCUGAUACUGAAGGCAUACAUCCAUCCAGAUUAGCAAUGGUGAACAAGUAG